AUGACGCCUUCACGGCUAGAGGUACCGAGUGGAGAUGAGGCCGUCACUUUCCUGCGCAGCCUGCCCUCAGCCGAGGGCCAGGUUGCCAUUGAUGAACAACUCAAAGGCGACGUAUGUCGUGGCUCCCGACACGUGACCCAGGACUUUGCGUGGCUUCUUGGCCGCUUCGCUCAUGCCUCGAACUUACCAACUCUGCCUCAAAUCAAUAUCCAACAGGUGUACGUGGGUACACUCAAGUCUUCCGAUGAAACGAUCGCCAUCAAGAUGUGCCAGGUCAAUCUGAGCAACCCCGACGAUGCAGAACGCGUGGCCGCCGAGAUUAAGCUGCUAGAAGAGAACACAGUUGCUUUCCUUAUCAAAGAAACGCUCAAAGCCAUUGUUCAUAUGCAUGUGCAUCAUGUUAUGCACCGCGAUAUCAAGGGCGGCAAUAUACUCCUCGACGAUGAAUACGCCGUUUGCCUUACAGACUUUGAUACCGCCUACCCGUACGACCCGGCCGAGCAGGCCACCCACUUUCAUGCCGUCGGCACCCCAUACUGGAUGGCCCCCGAAAUCGCCGCUUGCGAUUAUCCCGAAGGCUACGCCUAUGACGAACGCUGCGACGUGUGGAGCCUGGGCGUCACGGCCAUUGAGCUCAGUGAAGGUCAACCGCCCUUGUUUCACCUGCCCCGCGACAAAGCCCUUGGUGAAGUCCUCAAGCAAGGCCCACCCACGCUCAAACACGCAGACCUGUGGAGCAAGCCUCACAAGGCGUCAGACAACUUGGCUCGUUACAACGAUAUCACAGAGGACUACAUCGUGGGCACACUGCAGUUGCGCUACCGCGACGGCCUGAUUUACACUGCAGUUGGAGAUAUCUUGGUUGCCGUCAACCCUUAUCAGGAAGUUGGUCUCUACUCGGACGAAUGGAAGGCGGCCUACAUGUUUGACAGUGACAUCAGCCGACGACCCCAUAUCUUCGGCAUUGCCCUGCGCGCUUUUCGAGCCAUGGCCAAUGAAGGCGUUGACCAGAGUUGCGUUAUCAGCGGUGAAAGCGGUGCUGGCAAGACAGAAACGGCCAAGCUGUUCCUGCGUCACCUUUUGGACUUGAGUGGUGGCAACAUUCAAGAAUUACUCCACCGUUACGACCUCAUGCAGUUCUCCAUCAACAACUUGCUCGAGGCCUUUGGCAACGCACAGACAAGAAUUAACCGCAACAGCAGUCGCUUUGGUAAAUACGUCGAGCUCGGCUUCAGCCGCGACAACCAUGCUCUGGGCGUCAUGCUGUCGACCUAUCUUCUCGAGAAAAGUCGCGUCGUGCAUCAGUCAUGCCCAUCUCACGUGAUGCACAAUGCACGGCUCCCCCCAAACACCGGCCUGCAGUCUGAAGGCGAGCGCAAUUUCCAUAUCUUCUACUACCUCGUGGAAGGCUUGUCAGAUGCAGAGCGCAAGCAAUACCACUUGGAUGGCACGAUUCGCGACUUUGCUUACAUCAACGGUGGUGUGACGCCGUACGAACGCGCACGGACUGGGCGACAGUCCGAUCUGGCCGGCAUGCCGGCUGAGACUCCCUUGUUGUAUCGUGAGCUCAUUGACUACAUGAAGCUAGCCGGUUUCUCGGCCAUCGAGCUGGAGUACAUUCAUCAGAUGCUGGCACUGGUUCUACUGCUCGGCAACAUCGAUUUUGACCGAGAUAGCCGAGGCAAAGGGCAACGCUUCAUGAAGCUGGAUGUCAUCGGUCCUCUUGAGGCCGUAGCCGCAUUGCUGGGUUGCACUGUCAGUGAUGUGGGUCACGGGCUUGCCUCCACCAUCAUGGUCACGCGAGGCGAUACCAUUGUCAAGGAGAAUACGCAGCAGGAUGCCAAGGACGCACGCGAUGCCAUGGCCAAGGCCCUCUAUGGACGCCUCUUCUUUUGGGUAGUCAACAAAGUAAAUUUGCUCCUCGGCCUCCACGACAUGUCCCAAGUCAAACGUACCAUCGGCGUGCUCGAUAUCUUUGGCUUUGAGUCUCUCAAAGUCAACAGCCUCGAGCAGAUGUGCAUUAACAUCGCAAAUGAGCAGCUGCAAGAAUUUUUCAACUCGCACAUUUUUGCAUGGCAGCAACAGGAGCUGACAGAGGAAGGAAUCGAUGCGUCCUUUGUCAGCUUUACGGACAAUUCAUCGUUGCUGAAUCUGUUUAUCGGCAACCCCGUGGGCCUGCUCAAUCUUGUUGACGAACAAUCGCGCUUCCCUAACGCCGAUGACCAGAGUCUGAUUGACAAGUUGGCAAACCAGCUCUCCCAGCACAACACGAUUUUCACAAAGGGCAAAAAGUCUAAGAAGCUGCACUUUACAAUCCAGCACUACGCUGGACCCAUCGACUACGAUGUAACUGGGUGGAUUGAAAAGAAUCGCGACUCGUUGACGCCCUCAGUCACCUCGCUGCUACGCGAAAGCCAAAACGUGCUCGUGCGCGACCUCUUCUCAACGUCCCAAACGCUCUUUGGUGGACUCACGGCCAACGAGCCACAGGCGCUUCGCGAUCAACGUCAAGAAAACGCCCGUGAACUAAUCAAAGUUCUUCGCCGCUCAUUCUGGAAUCCAAGCAAGCAAGAAAAGGCCUCGGAGAAUCGCCGCCAGGUUCUUCGUGCCAACGGUGGUGGUGGCGGUGGUCGCAUGCAACGCCUGGACAGUCAGCCCUCGCUGCCUGUUUCCAAAACUGUCAAGAAGGCCUCGACCACCAUCUGCGCUUCGUUCAAGGCGUCGCUGAACGAUCUGGUUACCAAACUCAGCCAGACAGAGCCGUCUUUUGUGCGCUGUAUCGCGCCUAAUCACGAUCAAAAGCCCAAUGACUACGUUGAGGCUGAAGUGCUCCGACAGCUCCGCUAUACGGGUGUGAUGGAAACCAUUCGCAUUCGCCGCGAAGGUUUUGCAGUUCGCCUCUUCUUCGAUGAAUUUGUUGCUCGCUAUCGGCUGCUUCACUACCGCUUCAAGCAAGGCCUAGCAGCUGAGCCAGUUGAUGCAUGCAAGCAAAUCCUGAGUUCUUUUUCAGAGGAUCCAUCCGAGUGGCAGCUCGGCAAGAGCAAGGUCUUUCUCAAGUACUCGGUGAUGGCCAAGCUUCUCAAUGCUCUGGAGGAGCUCAACCGGCUGGGCGGUCGUAUGGUGCGCAUGGUACGGGUGUAUUUGAUUCGUCGACGCUUCAAGCGCUUGUUGGAUGCGCUGCGCGAAGAAGAGCAGCAACGUCAAGCGGCUCUGGAAGCCGAGCGCAUUCGCAAGGCCGAGGAAGAACGUCGCAAGAAAGAGCGACAGCAGGAAGAGGCACGGCGCGCCGAGGCUGAACGCUUGGCGGAAGAGAAGCGCCGUCAGGAAGCUGAAGAACGCGCGGCGGCACUUUUGGCGGCGGAGGAAGAGGCGGCGGCGCAGCGACGCGCGGCCAUCCAUCGCGCGCGCUCUGUGCGCAAUGCCACCCAGGUCCGCGCCAAUUUAGUUGCGCAGAGCCUAGUCAUGGAGGUGCUGGUCACUGCCACCGCAUUGGCUGCGGCUCGGCUCAAUGCUUCCAAGUCAACCUUGCAAGUGGAAGACCAUGACACGGCUGAUGCUGUCGAUGUGCAUCGAAAGCUGAGGACGUUCCGCAACGCCACCAAGAUCGCCACGCCUCGGCAGCUGUCUCUUAUCGAGGAGAUUGACGAUGCCCUCCACCCGGCCAACAUGUACAUGAUGGUGGACGAGCCAACUUUUGAUGCCCUGCCACUGAAUCUCGGCAAUUUGGCCGAUUUGCCCAAGAACGCCGCUCAACUCUGUCGCUACAAAAACAUUGUGCCGAACAUGGACACCGUCGUAAAAAUCGACCCGCUCUUUGAAAACAACGUCAAGGUUGAGAACAGUGAUUUUAUCAAUGCCAACUGGGUGCGUGGGUUUGACGGCCGGCAGUCCUACAUUGCCACCCAAGGCCCAAAGCCCAACACGAUUGAUCAUUUCUGGCGCAUGAUCAUUCAGCACGAGGUGCCUCUCAUCAUUAUGGCAACUAACUUGGUUGAAGGGGACAAGAUUAAAUGUCACCGCUACUGGGCGCUCUUUGAUGGGAUCAAAGGCCAAGAAAAGGAUCCAAACCUGCUUGUCACUGAGAGUGGGAUUCGAGUGACCACCGAGGAGGUUGCCAAAUCGCGAGAUUUCAUAUUGCGCACGUUUCGCCUCGAAUGGAACGACAAGGAACAUUUUGUCAAGCAUCUCGCCCUCAACAACUGGCCUGAUUAUGGCGUCCCCAGCUCACCGCGGGCGGUACUGCGGGCCAUUGAGGUUGCGCGCGAUAUCCGAUACCGCAACCCCGGUCAGCCCAUUGUGGUGCACUGCAGUGCAGGCGUGGGUCGCACCGGCAUUCUCGUGGCCGUUGACAUUGGCAUUGAUAUGCUGCUUGCUGGUCGCCGCGUCAACCUUACCUCUAUUGUUCAACACAUGCGAGAGGAUCGUGGUGGCAUGUUGCAGACCUUUCCGCAGUAUGAGUUUGCUUUCAAGGCUAUCGGGUCCUUUGCGCGUUUGUAUGGUAUGCUCAACCACCUGCUGAGCGUACAGGGAGAUGAAGAAGAAGAUGAACAAAUUUUUCAGGUCUUCAGCGAACUCCUUCUGGAAGGCGGUGACAAGGUCACCAGCGAAGCCAUCAAGUUUGACGCUUCGGACGAGCAGCGACGUGGUGCCAUGGCUCUUCGCUUGCUCGAAUUUGAGGAUAAGGAGACUGAGGUGAUUGAUCCCAUCAAUUUUCCGGCCUUUGCGCCUGGUUGGAAUCUUAUCCGCGACAAGUACACGCAUCCGAAGGCUGAUCCGGUGACGUUGUUGAGUGGCGAGAAGCCACUCUACCCCUGGUUGCGAGUGCUGUAUUAUACGACGAUGGAUGGCGAACCCGAUUUGACCCAGGAUGUGGACCGCUUUGUCUGUACCGUAACCUCGGACAGCAAGGUGCAAGCCGACGAUCCGGCCGUUCUUCAUCUGGCCGCAGUUCAGGGUGACUCUGAUCGACAGCGGCACCAUGAGCUGUUGCAGGACGGCUCUCUGAUCUUGAUUGUGGACCCGCGCGAUGGCAACGUUUACCUCAAGAACAACAGCCCUCAUUCCGUGCGGGUGCGGAGCCUUGAAAGUUAUGCUCAAGUUUGGGCACCUGGCUUGCCCUCGGAGAAUGCCAAUCGAGUGCGUCUCGUGGCCAAGGGCGAAAUGCUGCGCAUUUUCUCCGUUGAUGCUUUUCGCCACGCUUUGCAGGCCGUUGUCAUGGGCUACGCCAACAAGGGUCGCAAAAUGCUAUUGCACGCCGUUUCGCGAUGUCAGGCUGAGAUCUUCUUAGACCGACGCAGCAACAACGAGGGUGUUAUCCGACUGCACUAUCUGGCUGCAGCCGCAGAGAUGGCCCGCGCAUUUGAUCGUUUGCAGAACCAGCAGCGUCGUGAGAGCGUGGUCGAGGCCUUGGGGGAGCGGUGGACCGAACUGCAAACUCUGGCUGCCCAGCGCCCGCUAUCCCGCCCAGCCUCUCCCGUCUACCAGGAUGCACCACAUGCCUUGCAAUUUCAGAGCGUGGAGCCACCCACGGGCCAUGAAUUUGCGUUUAACAGCCUGGUGUGGUUGGAAAACGACGAAGAGCUGGUUGUGCGCACGACCGUGGGCGGCCCGCCGCCGCCUCCUCCCCGUCGCCCAUCGGCACCGGUGGUGGGUGAGGUUCGAGCAGCAAACCCCAUUUCACCUGCUGCUCGCAAACCGGCACCCCCGCCACCUCGUCCACCGGCGUCAAGCAAACCGCAGUUGUCGCCUGUUGCAGCAGCCAUUCGCAUUCAGGCCGCCUUUCGUGGCUAUCGGGCCCGCGAAGUCAUGCGCUUGCGACGAGCCCACUUGAAGAAAAAACGUUCUUCUGUAGCAUUUGUGACUGAAUCGGUAGCCUUGGCUCCUCGAGCUUCAGUGCGGAAUGAUGUGGCCGGCAAUUUCAAGGGCCAGCGACGCAACUCCAAGGCUGUUUUGCUCAACACCAAGGUAUCAGAGCGUGCUAAGCCAAAGCCGCGCCGGGGCUCCAAGUUUGAUGCAGAGGAGCCGGCACGAGCUACCAUCCUCCAAUUCAAGAGGCCCAAGCGCACGAAGAGCAAAAACGAAGGCCCCGGUCAUCCCUAUGAAGUGCAUGUGGCCAUGGGAGGUGGUGCGUGCCCAGAUGGCUUCAAGCCACACGCCUUUAAGCCUGGCUUUUGCAUCAACUGCAACCAAAAGCAUCCGCUUCGUGGCCCUGAGGCGCUGUCAGCGACCAAUGGCGGCGGCGCGGUGUCUCAAACACCCGUGGAACGUCAAGAGGAGAGAGCAACCACGUUGGCUAGUGGCACCAGUUCACCACCUCCACCUGCGGCUACCUCUCCGCCGCCACCACCUCCUCCGCCACCUCCGCCACCUGCGGCUGCCUCUCCUCCGCCACCACCACCUCCGCCACCUGCGGCUGCCUCACCUCCGCCUCCUCCGCCACCUCCUCCGCCACUUGUGGCUGCCUCUCCUCCGCCUCCUCCGCCUCCUCCGCCUCCUCCGCCACCUGUGGCUGCUCCUGCCCCCUCUCCACCUCCUUCACCCCCAGUGGCCAGUGCUUUACCGGAGACAGCUGUUUCACAGCAGCCAAUGGAAGAGUCUGGUCAGCAAGAAGCAACAGACACGUCUACUCCAGCUUCCCCGUCGGCUGAGUCAGCCCAGCUGCCGUCGCGCAGCCCCAGUCGUCAUGACUCGAACCAUGAGGCGCGGCCCAAACCACGGACAAGUGGCGGCCUGAUGCGCCGGAUCUCAACACGCCUGGGGCGGAAAGGAAGUCAGCACCGCCGAGGUUCAGCCCUGCGGCGUGCCAGUAGUCCAACCAGCCCGUUGCCAGCUGAAGAAGAAGGAGGUGCGCGUGAUACCGAACCUCCUCCUGCGUACGGCUUGAUUUCGUGA